UAAAAACCCAACCAUCGUUUUAAUUCUUCAUCAUCAUCUCUUUAGCUAAUCACAAAGUCUUUUAAGAGUCUAAUUAAGAUCAUGGCUAAAUCACUUGCCUUAUUUCUUCUAUUCAAUAUCCUUUUCUUCACUGUGGUGAGUGCAUGCAACACUUGCCAUAAGCCAAAACCAAAACCAAAGCCAAAGCCAACGCCGAAGCCAUGCCCCCCUCCUCCUUAUUCAAAAGAAGGCAAAUGCCCAAAAGAUACUUUGAAAUUAGGUGUUUGUGCUAAUGUGCUUAGUGGUUUGUUAAAUGUAACACUUGGAACUCCACCUGUAAAACCAUGUUGUAGUCUUAUUGGAAAUCUUGUGGAUUUGGAAGCUGCUGCUUGUCUUUGCACUGCACUUAAGGCUAAUGUUUUGGGGAUUAACCUUAAUAUCCCUAUUUCACUUAGCUUACUUCUUAAUGUUUGUAGCAAGGAUGUUCCAAAGGGAUUCAUUUGUGCUUAAAUGCCUUUUGUGUUUUUGAUAUUCAUUUGUUUAGUCAUUUAUUCUGAUGUUCUAUUUGUUUAUAUAUGCACUAAACAUCUUGUUAGGUGCAAGGUUGUGAUUUGUUUUGGAUUGCUCAUUGUUGGAAUGACACCUCUUCAUGUGCCCUUUCGAAAUAAAUAAUAUAUUUCUCAGUAUCAUUUUAU